CUAAUGAACCAGCGCUUGUUCAAUUUAUGGUUCGGUUUUGACGUCAGGAACACUGAUAUGGAAGGCAAAUGUACAUUCGACCAAGAGGUCAGACAGUUAAAAGACAGUUAGGAUGGAUGUGUCUUACAUUAAAAAAUAGUCGGUGUAGGUUAAGUGCAGAUCGUUUUUGCAGUUGAGAGGGAAGUUAAAAGUGAGAAAAAAUCGGCCGGUAUAUAAUAAGCCAUACGCCAAAGCCUAAAUUUUAGAGAGAGAAGAGAGAGGGGAGGGGAGAUAAAGAGCAAGAAAAUUUGAGAUUUCUGGGUUGAAUGGGGCAUUAUUGAGCGAGAAUCAGAGAGAGAGAGAGAGCCACGGCCAUGGCUGAGUCAAACGAUUCCGUUUUCGUCGAUGUGGAAAAGAUCUACCUCGGUGGAAAGGAACAUCAUGUAAGAACUGGUUGUGGUUCCGUGUCUGUUAUAGUGUAUGGAGACCAAGACAAGCCAGCACUAAUUACUUAUCCUGAUUUAGCUCUAAACUAUAUGUCUUGUUUCCAAGGCCUAUUCUUUUGUCCUGAAGCGGCAUCUUUACUGGUACACAACUUCUGCAUUUACCACAUUAGUCCUCCAGGUCAUGAGUUGGGAGCUGCUCCAAUUAGUCCUGAUGAUCCUUUGCCUUCCGUAGAUGACCUUGCAGAUCAGAUCAUUGAGGUUCUCAACUAUUUCGGGCUUGGUGCAGUGAUGUGCAUGGGGGUGACUGCUGGUGCCUACAUCCUAACCCUAUUUGCUAUGAAAUAUAGACAGCGUGUUCUUGGUUUGAUACUUGUGUCCCCUUUAUGCAAAACACCCUCUUGGACUGAAUGGUUAUAUAACAAGGUGAUGUCAAAUUUGCUAUAUUUCUAUGGCAUGUGUGGUUUACUUAAGGAGUUUUUGCUUCAGCGGUACUUCAGCAAGGAUGUUCGCGGUAGUGCAGAAGUUCCUGAGUCGGACAUAGCUCAAGCAUGUAGAGGAUUGCUUGAUGAGAGGCAGGGUAUAAAUGUUUUGCGGUUUCUUCAAGCAAUUAAUCAGUAUGAAAUUGUCUUGUGGAGACCCGACAUUACUAGUGGGUUGAAGAAACUAAGAUGCCGCACUCUUGUAUUUGUCGGAGAUAACUCUCCUUUCCACUCAGAGGCUCUCCACAUGAUCACGAAGUUGGAUCGAAGAUAUAGUGCCUUGGUCGAGGUCCAGGCUUGUGGAUCUAUGGUAACAGAAGAACAACCACAUGCAAUGUUGAUACCUAUGGAGUACUUCUUCAUGGGGUAUGGGUUGUACAGGCCAUGCCAACUCAGCGACAGUCCAAGGAGCCCACUCAGCCCCUCUUGUAUCUCACCAGAGCUUCUCUCUCCUGAAAGCAUGGGUUUGAAGCUUAAACCAAUAAAAACCCGUGUUUCGCUUGAAGGUUGAGUUGGAGAGGAUUAUUAUUCGACUUAUUUAUUCACCUUUUUGAUUGAAAAGCUGCCCAAUAAUUUCUUGUUUCUUUAUGAAUCCUCCUUAAAGAGUAGAAGCUGUUGGAAGAGGUGUAGAUAGAGGAAGAAUUGUCAAUGGCAUAGGAAGAUGACCUGCAUUUAUUCAUUCUUUCGGUUUCAGUCAUAAAAGAGUCCUUGAGCUGUCUGUAAAUUCUGAAGAGGGCUGGCAUUUAUUUUAUGCUGACGAUGAUUUAAUAAUAGAGACAAACUCGACUGUUACAUGCUCUCA